AUGGAUCAACUAAAACUAUUACCAGAUGUUAUUGUUUUUGAAAUAUUAGAUCGAAUUAAAGAGAAUGUAGAUAAAAUAUCGUUUGUGUUGACCGCCAAAAGGUAUUGGAUGUUACGUCGGUUUCUAAGAUUUACAGUUCCCAGUGUUUUGGAAGAUGACGAGCAAAUGUUGAUUCAUCAGAUUUUCAAUGUAAAGUCACAUCUCCGAUCAUUCGAAGAUCAGAGACAGCGUGCUUCGUCAUAUAUCCAUUAUGUUACUGGAAGGGAUCUAAACAAAAAAGAAACAACCAAUCCAACCUUUGGCACAAACUACACACAUGUUAUACUUCAUAAUGCCAGAAAGGAACAGAUCUACUGCAAUUCACUACCAGAGUGUUGUGUUCAUCUCAAUGUCGGUCAUCAUUAUAAUAUACCUUUUGACCAAGGUAUCUUCAAAAACAAUCGGCGAAUACAAUCAAUUACGUUUGGCUACUAUUUCAAUAGACCUUUGCAUGUACUCAACCUACCGGUGAAUCUAACAUAUCUUCAACUUGGUGCGUCAUUCAAUCAGAGAAUAGCACCAAACACUCUACCUACCACCCUAAAAACACUGAUAUUCAAAGAUUAUCACUCGAAAUUAGAUUUUCCAUUUGAGAUUGGUAGUCUUCCUGCGUCGUUGACAACUCUUAAGUUGGCAAGCUACUCACAUCCGAUCGAAGUUGGCAUUCUACCUUUUGGAUUGAAGAAUUUGGUAUUCAGCGAUAACUUUAAUCAUCCAUUGACAGGUUCCAUUCUUCCUCCUGGCCUGACAACCCUGAAACUAGGUUAUAGUUUUCAGUGUCAAGUAGAUCUGCCUCAGUCACUUACACGUCUGUCAUUGGAGCAAUCAUUCGGUAGUAUUCCUACAAUUCCAUCGACCCUAAGGAAACUAAGUGUAUCUGGUGAUAUCAAUACAUCUCUCACAAACUAUUGUCAUCUCAUCGAUACUCUUACUAUCUAUAUGGAGCAAUUCGACCACCAAAAACUAAGUUGUUUCAAAAGACUAUCAAAGCUAUACCUGUAUAAUGUAGAACUAUUGGAUAGCAGCUUGGAUUUCAUCGUUCCACCAACAGUGAAAGUUCUGAGUAUAGAGGAUGGAAUAGUUGGCUACAGAAUUAUCUUACCACCGUCAUUAGAGAAACUUACAAUCAAUGACCCAUCGGUUCUGAAAUACCAAUCGCUACCGUCCACCGUUUACUGUUUCAAAUAUUAUGGAAAGGGAAUUUUCGAUUUCAGUAAACUUCCAACGACUGUUCAACACCUAUCGUUUAGCUGUGAACAUUGGCAGCAUAUUAGGUUUACACCAAAUAUCAAGAGAAUCUCCAGUCGCAUUGCACUGAUCCGUUCAAGCAUGAAGUUUCAAGAGGAACAACGUUGA